CGAGGCCGCUGCAGGAGUUGCGCGCCAUGGAAUUCGUAGAUGCUUGGAUUCUUCGGUGCGCGGAGGCUCAUGUCCUCAACUGGACCAACGGUCUUCAUCACCAGGAUCCAAGCCUGAAUAAUCUCACGUAUUGGCCGCGCGAAGACAACAUUUGCGCGGCGCUGAACGACUGGGAUCUCACAAUCGACUCGGACGCAAGAACGCCCCAGACGCGCACAGGCUUAGUAAAGACUGGCACGGGCCCAUACACGGCCACCGAUCUGCUCACCCCGGCUGCAAUGCGCGGUGAAGUGCAGCAUCUCUAUCGACACGAUCUCGAGGCCUUCUUCUACAUCUUGAUCUGGGUGAUUUGCUGCUACGAUGAGGGGAGGCGCCUGGACCCUUUACCGAAAGUAUUCACCACCUGGACCCACGGUACCAGGACAGCGUGCGCGCACGGUAUCACGUCAGCGUGCGCUGACAGCAAGAACACCUUUCUCGCUAAAGGAUGGCUGGAACUCACACCGAUAGCGUCUUGGGGCAAGCUGGCAUACUAUAUCGCGGACGAACUGAGGCCAUACUUUUAUAACUUUUAUCGCGCUACCUCCGAACGAGAAAGCAGAUGGGCGAGCGAGAAGGCUGCAGCCAUGUUCGAAGGCAACGAGCCGCCCAUCUUGGACCGCGAGCUGGACGAGCCGAGGAAAGUAUGGGAGGAGUUCUGCACCAUAGCGAAGAAGGCCAUCGGUCGUACAGUGUCUGCCCAGCGGCACCAGCUUCCGCCAAAGCUUGGCUCUCUCAAUGAUGGCUAAGUGAUUGAAUCAUUUCCAUGUAUCUCAAUGAUAUAUUUCACUGUAAUACACGCCAGAAUAUGCUGGAUUUUCGGCAGUG